GAGUGGGAGUGCGGGGCCCAGCCUGCUCCCGGGGCUCCGGGACCACGAGGCGGGGCGCAGCGGGUAGGGUGCGCAGCGGGUGGGGGCGCCCCUCGGCUCCGCGGUAGCCACCGCCCCUCCUGCGGCUGGAGCGGUUCCAGUGGAGAGGCGCAGCCACGCUCGCCUCUGAACUCGCACAGUCCUCUUCCUCCGCCUCCUCCUCCAGCUCCUCCUUCCCCUGCCCUCCAGCCGCCGCUCCCGCAGCCAGCUCCAGGCGGCGGGCGAGCGCGCCUCCCCCUCCUCUCCCCUCCCUCCCCCUUCUCUCGCUCUCUCCGCACUAACUUUUCGGAGGCCCGACCCACGGCGCAGAGCUCCCCUGGCAGCUUACAACCGCGCGCGGGCUGAGAGCGCGGCUGUGCCCAGGAUCUCUUUCCGGCACCCGCAGCGCAUUCCGGAGAGAACAGGAAGAUGCCCGGGGCUGGGGACCGAGGCGAAGCCACGGCGAGAUGGCUGGGCACUGGGCUUUUGGGUCUCCUGCUCCCUGUGUGCCUGUCGCUGGAGGUGUCUGUGGGAAAGGCCACCACCAUCUGCGCUGUCAACGGCACGGAGAUUCUGCUGCCCUGCACCUUCUCCAGCUGCUUCGGCUUUGAGAACCUCCGCUUCUGGUGGUCCUACAACAGCAGUGACACGUUCAAGAUUCUUAUAGAUGGGACUGUGAAGAAUGAGAAGUCUGACCCCAAGGUGACUUUGAAAGAUGAUGACCGCAUCACUCUGGAGGGAACCACCAAGGAGAAGAUGAACAACAUUUCCAUUCUGCUGAAGAACCUGGAAUUCAGUGACACGGGCAAAUACACCUGCCAUGUGAGGAACCCCAAGGAGAACUAUCUUCAGCACCAGGCCACCAUCUUCCUCCAAGUCGUUGAUAAAUUGGAAGAAGUGGACAACACGGUGACGCUCAUCAUCCUGGCGGUCGUGGGUGGGGUCAUUGGGCUCCUCAUCAUCAUCUUGUUGCUGAAGAAGCUCGUCGCCUUCAUCCUCAAGAAGACUCGCGAGAAGAAGAAGGAGUGCCUCGUGAGUUCCUCGGGGAACGACAACACAGAGAACGGGCUGCCUGGCUCCAAGGCAGAAGAGAAGCCACCCACAAAAGUGUGAGCCCCUGCUCCUGGCCAAGCAGCCACCAGGAGCCUCAUUUCCCGAUGAGAACCGGAUGCUUGAGCCGCGUCUGUAGAACCCUUGUGCCUGAGACAUCUGCUGCUUGGCUCGAACUGUAGUUGUCCCAGGCAGGGAGAAGCAGGUCCUGCCCCGCCUGCCCCGCCCCCUCCCCAGCUGGGGCUCCCAGGGACAAGGGCUGGUCGGGGGAGGGGCCGGUGGAAAGUUCGGGAAAGGGAAGGAGGGGCUGGGGUGGGGAAAGGGAAGGCUCUGUGACCCACUGGUGGGGUGGUGUGCAGGAGUCGAUGGGGUCUUUUCCAGUUUCCCUGUGCUGUAUGAGCAGUCUCCCUCUGGAUUUCUCCUCAAGGGCAUCUUGGGGGACCAGAGAGGGCUGCCCCAAAAGCUGGACCCUAUUGAUGGGGCAAAGGAGGAGCCAUGUGUCAUGGUGGGAAUGGGACAGAGGACGAGGGGCUGCAGUGAGAGCAAGCCUUAGCUUCCUAGGAUACCUGAUCCCCCACUAUCCCUCUAGUGGGGCAGGGGACACGCCCUCUGCCUCUUUUCUUCCUCCCCGGGGCCUGCCUGCCUUGGUCUGAGUCAUCCCUGCUCCCCUCUCCGAGUUUCUGAACCCUUCCAACUGGGGCUGGCUGCCUUGGUCAUUGGGGCCUGUCCCACCUGCCCUGCUCCUCUGAGCUGUUACUCAGGGGCUCCCGAGGACUUUCCUGGAGUUUCUCUUCAGGAAUCAGGGCUGCAGAAGUGGGAGAGUCAGGGUCCUGGGCUGCUCGGCCAUCGGAGUGCCCUCCCCAGUCUGCUGAGGUGGGCAGCCCUUCUCCUCUGCGUGGCAGGACCACGGCCACCCCCGGGACUCCUGAGCUUGCCGCCCUCCCUCCUCCUCCUUCCAUGAAACUGCAGGUGGCCUCGUCUUGCCCGAGGGGUUGCACCCUCCAACCCUCCCCUCCCAUUGGCUUGCUCCUCGCACACCCCCUCCAUCAUGCUCUCUUCGCCCCUGGGUUGUCACCCCCAAUCCUGGGUCGAGGUCUUCCCUUCCCUCAGGGCUCCCCUUCCUUUGAAUGAGAGGGCCCUUGGGUUUUCUGGCUGUUUCCUGCCCAGCUCUGCCGCCCCCUUUCCCACCUGUGGGUUGGGGAGGAGCAGGGAGAGGAUGCCUGCCAUUUUCUUUUGCUUUUCCCAGAACUGAUUUGUGCACUCCUUGUGUGUGGGGCUAGACUGUGCCUUAGUUCCUUGACUCCUAGCUCAUGCCCUCCCUCCCUCUAGAUGAUAUCAGCUGAGUCUGGGAUGGCAAGGGUGAGGGUUCCCCGGCACCCCACCCCCACCCCCAGGUCAUGGAGGGGCGAUGGGGCUGGAGUUAGGGCACCCCUGACCCCCUGGCCGGUGACCGAGUCUUCGAGACACCUGCCAGGUGCUUCACUGGGGGCCUUGACAGGGGAAGGUGGUGGUGUUUGGAGUGGGGCCAGCCUGGGAAGGGUGGGUGGUGAAGGCAGGGAGGGGACGUGAGUGAGGGGCUUCCUCUGUCUCCCACUCCCUCGCUCCCACACUGAGUUUCUGAGGCUCUGUCCUCUGUGUCCCAGGAGGGCUGGGAGGGGAGUAGCCUGUUUCCCAGAUGGUGUGGGGACGGCCUCAGGGUCUCCCUAUCCCAAAGCAGAAGCUGCUUCCCCAAGGGCGGCGGUGGGGGGAGACUGAGGGGCAGCACCACCUGGCACCGUGGGCCAGGUCAGCGUCCCUCGCCCAACGCAGAUGGGCUCACAAGUUCCCGCUUUGAUCUGUCUCGGUCCCUCUGAUCUUUUCCACCCAGAACCCAUCACGGCCUUGGGUUCAGAUUCGCCCAGCCUUGGCAGCAGACACCGGGAGCCACUGACCAUUCAGAAAAUUUCUGAUAGCUGCCUUCAUGCAAAACUGCUUUCUUCUCCCUUCCCAGUGUCAGCAUUUGAACAAAGUUGUGGGCUCUUCUCGCCCUCUGGGGAGGGAGCCGAGAUGACCGGUUGGUGUAGGGUGGGGAAGGGGAGUGCCACUGGGCCCUUCCCACUCCUGGGUCUGCUGCUGCCUCAUUGGCAGGUCAUCUUUCUUCCCUGCACUCUGCCUUUUCCAUCUAUAAAAUGGGUGUAGUAGUACUUACCUACCUCACAUGGCUGUUGUGAGGCUUGGCGAGUUCGUUUAAAAAAUCUUUUUGGCUUGGAGAACUAGGAGGCCAGGUGUUAUUGUUGGAGCGAUUGUUUGGAGUCUGUCCCAUGCUGUCCCAUGCUGUGUGUCCCAACCCUGCACCACACACACACAUACCUCACACACUAUACUCACACUCACACACACUCACACAUAUCCACACAUGCACACACCUUCACACUCACACCCACACUCACAGUCACAACUCACACAUUCACACCCACAGUCACACCCACUCACACCCACACUCACGCACAUUCAGUCUCACACACUCAAACCCACACAGCCACACAAAUUCACACACUCAUACACUCUCGCACUCUUACCCUCACAUCCACACCACACACACACACACACACACACACACACACACACACUCUCACUCUUUCUCUUCACCCCUCUCCCUUGAAAUUAUUUUAUAGUCUUUGUAAUGUUAAGAGCUUUGACACUGCUGCUGGAAGCUUCUUGUUUGGUGUUUUUCAGUAGAGGCGAUUGGAACUGUAGGGGGUGCCUUUUUUAGUUCCUCAAUGCCUGGGGGCACUACUGGCAUUUAGUGGGUGGGGGAAUAAGAACGUUAAACUUAACCCCCAAAACAAAGAAUUGUCCUGCCCUGAUGCCAGGGUUAUCUCCACGAGAAACAGCGGCAUUGAUUUGCAACAGGAGGCAUGUGGGCAAAGCACCUUCAGUGCUUGCUAGACUCCAGGGGUGGUCUCCAGGGGCUGAUGAGGGUGUUUCCAGGCACUCCGUUUACAAAGUCAAUCAUAGGAGCCCUGGACACACCUAGAUGUGUUGGCAGUGAAAUCGGUGAGACCAAAGACAAGAUAUUUCCUAGCUCCCCAUCCUUGACCUCAAAAUAGAACCUCACCGUUGGCCUUGGGUUUCUCGCCUUCUAGGAGGCAGCCAGGAAGUGAUGCUGGAGAGGUCUGGAAGAGGGGCCAAUGGAUCUAAGACUCUCCAUACAUCUGGCUGGCUGACCAGAGCUGGAGGUUCGCUAAACCUUGGGUGAAGUGGAGGGUGGGAGCUGAGGUGGCAGGAGGUGAAUGAGUGUGUGUGUGUGUGUGUGUGUGUGUGUGUGUUGUGGGUGUGGAGUGUGAACAAGCAUGGAGGUGUGCAGGCAAUGCAGGCUCCUGGGGGUGCAACUGUGGUUUGGGUGGGCUGGACAUGGAAGAGUGAUAUAUGGAGGUGUGUGUAAAGACUGUAUGUGUUUGGGAUGGGGCACACCCUGGACAUUUCAGGAUUCGAGCUCUCCCUGUUGGGGUCCCUGGGGGCUGAGAAAGGGUAAGAGACAGAGAGGAAGAUCAGCCAUCUCCUGGACUCCAUGCCUCCAUGCCUCCAUGCCACUUUUACAGACAGCAGCCCUGGGAGGGGAAGCAGGUUGAGGGGAAGGAAUGCCACAAGGGGACUUCCCGUGAAAAUCCUAUAGCUUGCUUCACUUUACUUUGUCCCAGGCUGGAGUCCCUACCCUCCCACUUCCCACCUGGUAUGCAGAGCUUUUGACUCACUCAUGCAUGGUUUAUUCCUCUGGCUUGGAUGAUGACAAUGCCCAAGUCAAUUUUCCUGUAUAACUAUAGAUCAUAAUGAUGCAGCAAGCCGCCUUGGGCGGCCUUAGGUCCGGGGGUGCCUCUGGGAGGCAUGGGUGUGCACACACCAGCACUGACUUGUGUUCAAGCACAGAAUGGAUGUAAUCAGACUGUCUUGCCUUUAUAACCUGUUUUGCAUUGUAGAAUUUUAUUUAGCAUUGCCUUGGAUGAAAUAAAAAUUACGUUUACUAGAAA